AUGCCGACCCCAGCUAAAAUCAACAGCAUAAGGAAACGACGUGAUAAACUGUUCGAAGGCACGUUAACGACUGACGGGUGGAAACGAUUCCUAUCACUCCAGAGCAAGUUGGACGACAUCGAGGAAGAUGACAUCGUUCAGGAACGCGUAGCGUCGGAACAGUACAGGUCCCUGGACACGAGAAUACAGGUCCUCCGGGAAGGAAAUCGAUCUUCAAUCCCGUCGACAUCUAAGGGCAUCGAUUUUCUCGAAGCGAAAAUGCAUUUGCCAGAAAUGCGGCUACCGGCAUUUGACGGGAAAUUCGAAAAUUGGAACGCAUUUUAUAAUACCUUCAACUCGGCUAUCGACAAGAACGCUUGCCUAACCACCUUGCAAAAAUUCCACUAUCUGCGGGCUUCCUUAGUAGGGGCAGCCGCGAACUGUGUAAACUCUCUAGUUUUCCAUGAGGAGAACUAUCCGAAGGCUCUGAGCCUUCUCAAGCAGAGGUGCGAUUGUCCACGACGCAUCGUGUCAUGUCAUAGCCUUGCGAUCAUUAACUAUCCAAAGCUGACGCAGUGUUCUCCAAUGGCCCUAAGAGACUUGGCCAAUGUCGUAAGACAGAACCUUGAUGCACUAACCAGUUUGGGACAAUCCAUAGAGGCGAAUAGCAUCCUUCUCGACCUCAUCAGCACCAAGCUACCCGAUCACAUCAGACAACAAUGGGAGCUAACCUUGACCAACAAGAAGGUACCUCAAUACACCGAUUUGCUAGAUUACCUCGAGAAUCUAGCGCUCACAGGCAUAUCGCCCUCCGAGGUCAAGCAAAUUAAAUUACCAGACCAACCCAAACGAGUCCGACAGCGUAAGAUACGAGGACAGAUAUUCACCGCAUCCCAAGUCAAGAAUUCCUGUCAUUCUUGCAAGGGACAACACUCCAUUUGGCAUUGCGACGCAUUCAGAGCCAAAAGCGUCAGCGAACGCUUGAAGGAGGUCAAAAGUGCACUCUUGUGUCUGAAUUGCCUGAGUGCGGGACACACAACUCGGGAUUGUCAUGCCGGGUCUUGUCGGGUGUGUGGAGGUCGCCAUCAUACUAUGCUACAUCAGGACAGGCAAAAGGCAAGGUCGACUUCCUCCAAUUCAAAUCGAAGUUCCUCCUCUUCCAGCAGGAGAUCAUCUACAUCCCCGUCAAGACUCGGAAGGCCGCUAGGAAGCAUAAACCAGGGGCAUCACGGACAAGCUCGUCUUCAAGUCCAUCCAGUCCGAGACGGACACACAACUGACGCUAGGAAUGCAGAACCCCAACAAGGACCGAUCAAACCCUACCUGCAGAUCCCGAGGUAUUGUGCAAUGAACUAG